GUCAAAUCCAUUAUGGUGUCUUGACAGUGACGUUUAUAUUUACAUAAUUUUUUGUAAGUUUCUCAUUUUAAGUGAAAAAUAGUGGUUAGGGAAUUUCAUAUUAUAAUUAAAAUUAACAAUAAAGUUUUUCAAUUAUAUCAACAACAUUCCCACGGAUAAAGUGUUAGUUUUAUUCUUACAUUCUACAGAGAUUGAAGAUGGAUCUGGUUGUUUAAUUUUUUUUGUUUAAACUAAUAUAAACAUUAUAAUCCACAAAUAGUCAACCCUAUAUCUGUAGAGUGUUUAGGAACGCUUGGUGUAAACAAAACAAGGAUUAUGAUGCUGGUCCUAAUGUUAUCGCCAUGGGAACUCCAGGCGAUAAAUCAGGCAGCAUCAAAGAGGUAGUGAAAACAGAACCUGAGGAGACUACACACCGACUGUCAGAUCCCCAACAACAGGAAAUAUUUUUUUCUCCACAAGCACCGCCCCUACAAGUUUUGCCAGUACCAUCAGUUUUAUCCUCGCCUGAACAAACCACUUCUAUUGACAUGGGUGUCAUCGAAAGGAUACCAUAUUUUAGAAGUCUGGUCAGUCCACCUACACAUUUGACUGCCAAGCCAGAUGCCUUUCGACAGGUUCAGUUAGAACAAUCCACUAUAGAACAUUAUUAUGGACAAACCAAACACUAUCCAGAUUACCAGCAGCCUUCUACAAGUUAUCCAUUACCAUCAAAACCAAAAACAUUCCUUAUUGCUUCAGAUCAACCAGGACCAUCUGGCUUACAAACACCUAAAACAAAAUUGGCAGCUUCGGUAGGUCCAGGAAGAUUGAAAAGAGCAAAAAAGGUAGCUCAAGAACAACAAGGAACACCUCAAACACGAAAAACAUACCAAUGUAACUACUCAUAUUGUAAGAAGACAUUUACUAGUUCAGAGAAACUGGAAAGACAUGAACAAACUCAUUUAGGUUCAUCGCCGUUUAAAUGCGAAAACUGCAAAAAGACCUUCACCUCAAAGUUCAAAUUGGUUAGACAUGCUCUUAUUCAUUCUGAUCGUAAACCAUUUAGUUGUACAGUGUGUGACCGAACGUUUCACCGCAAGGAUCACCUUAAAAACCAUAUCAAAGUUCAUAGUCCACAGAAGAUCAUUCACGUUUGUGAAGCCUGUAAAAAACAGUACACUUCCUUGCUCAGUUACAGGAAACAUCUGGCUUUACAUGCAGCUGAAGAAGGUAACCUGACCUGUCAAAUGUGCAGCGAAACUUUUGAUAGUAAAGAUGAUAUUUUAUACCAUUUGAAAAUACAUGCAGGUAGUCGAACAGUUAAAAAUCCAAACGAUAAGAAAUUUAAAUGUGAACAAUGCGGUAGAAAGUUUUUUACAAGAAAGGACGUUCGAAGGCAUAAUGUUGUGCAUACAGGCAACCGGGAUUUCCUGUGUCAAUUUUGUCCUCAAAGGUUCGGCCGAAAAGACCACUUAGUUAGGCACAUAAAAAAAUCGCAUAACACCAAAUACGUAGCUGAAGAUACAGUAACUACAGCUACUAUUAAAGCUGAACCAACAGAAUCUAUUCCACCUUCGGAUGUUUCUAUCAAAUCGGAAUUUUCAGAAAGUAGCCUUUCAAACGCUCCUGAAACUUUCGGACCCGCCGAAUUAAGUUUGCCACUUAUUGAAGGAGAUCUUACCCCAUUUUUAGAAGAAAGUGAGGCUUUAUUAAAUGUCGAACCAUUAAAAGAUUUAGGUAGUACCAUUUUGGAAGACAUAGGAAGCGCACCUUCUACUUCUGGGAUACUAACCUCUGAAAAUAUAGAUGCUAGUCAAACUGUUUUAGACGAUGUGGUAUUAAAUAAUGCCGAAUUACUACUUCUACAGUCAGAUGGUGACAAAAACUUACCUUUGCCUGGAUUUAGUCAGACAUUUCAGUCACCCCCUCCAGGACCUCCUCCCCUAUAAACACGUAAAACAUAGAAUAAUGUUUCAUUAUUGUCAGAUUCGAACAAAACUUGAAAUAUUCAUUUUUAUUGUGAUGAUCCAAGGAUUGGAUUAUGAACAUAUGGUGACACAUGUUGAGACUAUAUCCACAAAAUUACUGCGAAAAUUACCCUACACAUUUCAAGAACGAAACCAUAUAGUUAUUAUUUCCACUAGCUCACUGCUAUAUUUAGAACAAAAAUAAUAAGAAACUAGGAGUUCAAGAGAAAAUCGUUUCUUUUUUCUUGCAGAUUAUUAAAUAGUAUUGUAGGAACUUAUGUAAACUCAUCUAUUGUGGUACUGUGAUGUGUAGGUGGCACUCAAAUGACGGAAGAAAAACUCAUGAACCAUUGUUGACGAUCAAAUCAUAUUUUUCCCAUCGAUUAAAGGGUUCGUUCAAAAUUUUUAGGACUUCAUGUGUCCAUAUGAUUUAUAACAAAUGUGGAAUCUAUUGACAAUCCUACAAUGAGAAAUAAAUCUGUAUACUCUGCAUUAUGAAUUUCGAAUCAUGAUUCUAUUUGGUUUGUUUUUUAACAACGUUCAAUAUUAUCAAUAAUAUUUCUUCACAUUCAAAUCGAUGAAAAUUAUAUUCUCUCAUUUAUUUACAUUUCUUACCAAAGUUACGCAAGUAAUUUGGAGAAGGCCAGAAGAGCUACUUUUCUAAAUAAAUAUUGGGGAACAAGGAGACUAAUUUACGUACUGAUCCAAUUUGGAGGUCAAUAUGGAAUUUGUGAUUGUGGAUGGUGCCUAAUUGACAUGAAAAUGAUAUCAUGAAAUAUUUGUUCAAUAGCUUACCAUAACAUUUUCAUUUCUUUUUAUUUAUAACUCUAAUGAAACCAUAAAUAUUUACAGAUGAGAAUCAUUUUCAAGAAUUCGCCUACUUCUAGACCUGACCUAUAACUUAUAAAUAAAUUACUCAUUUAUACAUUUCAUUGUAUAAUUUAGAUAAGUUGAAGUGGAUUUUUCUCUUAUGUCUACAUCUAAAAAUUAUUUUUUUUUUUGCAUUGUCCAUUUUUUGUUUUAUGAUUUAUAUAAACAAAGUUGAAUCAGUAUAUUAUACAUAAACAUCAAAUAUGGUUGGUGGCAAAAUUCUACGGAGCUGUUUUAUUUAUUUAUUUCUAAUUAUUCAAUUAUUGUUAUGUAACCAACUAUUAGACAUUUUUCUGUAAAUUUUAUAGAAUCUUCUCUUUUUUUGUCCAGGUAAUAUAUUAUCCCAAAGUACUUUUAGGAAAUCAGUGAUACAAUUUCAGAAGGAAAAGUAAAGAACACACUUCAUAUGUGCUUAUUAUUUUAAUUAUCCAACAACCAAAUAUAUAAUAAAAAAAAAAGAAAUAAUAUAUUUAAUAUUGUUGUGAAGUAUUUUUUUUGUACUAAUAAUACACAUAUUAAUGAUUUUUAUUCAUUUUUGUUUAUUAUUUAUAUUAUUAUUAGCGCUUCUUUUUACUGCAAAAGGUAUCAGUCGAUUUAGAUCUGAAUUAAUGGUUGCUUUUUGUACAUUAAGAUUAUGGACAGUUUGUACAGAAUGUACGAGUUUAUAACCAACUUCAGUAUUUCAUUUUUAAAAUCACCCUCACAUUCUGAGGCCUAAACCGUAUUAUCUGGAGUACUAUAAUUCCAUAUAAAUCCUUCAAAAUUAUCUCCUUCAUUUGUUUUUCCGUGUAAUAUAUUUGCUGCCACAUGAAAUUUUAGGAAAGUUUAAGCCUUGGCGAAUACAAUAUGAGUAAACCAACAUUUUUUAUGAGGUUUUAUUCCAUACUAGCUUAUGAAACCAAAGCUUUCUAGAAGUAAGCAUUGUUUUAUAAACCACUGGAAUAAUAAUUUUCCACCAAGCAUUCCGCAUCUUCAAACAUUCUUAAGUCGGAGAUAAUGUUUAAAUUUCAUUGAUGUACAUUAAUACCCCGAGUUAGUAGUGGUGAAAUCUUGUUGCUUCUGUUAAUCUGGUAGAUACGUACCAGGUUAAAUAUUUUACAAAAAUCAAAAAGUUUAUUUGCACUAUCGUGAACGUCUACAUUGAUACGAUUCAAUACUGUAUUCAUCUAAAUAACUUUUUAAUUGGCGCAUUUUACAUGAUUUAGAAGUGUGUAGAAAUGGGUUUAUUAGCCUAUUGUUAAAAUUUGGAUACACUCCAAUGCAAACUAUUUUUGUAGAUCUAUAAUCUAAUAAUAAUUAAAGUUCCCAGGCGGAUUAACUCUUUCUCACUGCUCCAACAAUAAUCGUCAUAUUCGUCAUAUUUAUCGUCAUAUUUCAAACAAGUAAGAAACUACUUUCUUCGUGAAUUGUUAAAACCAGUAUGGAGACCCAUUCAGGAAUUGUUGACUAUAUUGUGAAUAGGCCAGUUUACGAUUCUCACGUGUAACUACCGCGUCCAUAAUGUCGACACGUAUAUUGGCGACCAUUACCUCUUUGACGCUCCAUUGAAUUAUAGCGAAACGAAGGCAGACAAUUUGUGUUUUCUGGAUAUGGUCUGACAUGAAGUAUUUAUGUAUUUAUGUCAAACAAUCAUUUAUUAGUACAUUUAUUGAGUUCGAACUGGCAUUAAUGAAAUAAUAUUUUGAAUUUAUUUUUUUUUACUUUUUAUUUCAUUUGUUUUUAUAAAUAUUUGUUAAUUGGCCUUUGUUAACCUACAAAAAAAUUUUAUUAUUUACAGGAGAGAGAUUGCUAAAAAAUUAUUAAAAGUAUGGUUUUUAUUUAGGUUGAUGGUAACGAAUUUAAUUUACAUAUACUGUAAAAUUUUUUUAUCGGAAUUUGUUAAAAGAUCGAAUAUAUCAAAGUAAACUUGGAAUUUUGGUCAAAACUUCAAUAUAUGAAAAAAAGCUGCAUUGGGUCUUCUGUCCUCUGAUACAAAUAAUUUCAGUUAGAUUUUGAUUAGUUUUUCAAUGUGCGACAAUUUCAAAAAAUUCCUAAUAAAAUAUAUAAUGCUUCUACCAAAUUCUCUACUGUAAAAAACUAUAAAACUUGAAAUCAAAGGCCAAUGAUAGACUUUCUAAUAAUGAGAUUUAAUUCGAAAAUUAAUAUUUGAUCUGAAAUUUAAAAAAAAACCUAACCUUAGAACAUUUUCGCGGUUGGAAAAUUCCCAUCUGUUGAAAGUCUCAUUUUUUAUUAUUUUUUCAAGUUGUUGAAAGAUCUAAACAAAUAAUUUCUAGCCAUUCCUUUUUCAAAUGAGGCCAGCUGCACGUGAAGUUUGUAUUUAUAAAAUUUAAACAAUGUUACAAUUUAAUAACAUCAAAAAUUAAAUUUUAAAAAUAGAUCCAAAAUAAGUAAGUUUGAUCUGUAUCAUUGUUCAAAGUAAUUAGAUUAUAUUUCGAAAGCAAAGAAGAUAUCUAACAGAAGCUACUUGUCUUAAUUUGAUAACUUGAUAUAUUAAUAAGGCUAUAUUUUUCACUUGAGCAACUUGAACUAUGAUAUCUAAUGGCUCUAUUAGUCAUUAAAUACAAAUUUUUCUGCAAAAGUACAACUCUAUUUUCCACUGGGCAUUUAAACUAUUAACGAGAUGUAUGAUACUACAUAUGUGACUUUGAAUCAAAACAUUUAAUGACUAAAAAACAUUGUAAAGAGAAAAAUUCUGGUUCAAAUUCCACAAUCACAAUAAUGGUUUUAAAAUAAAACCUCAAAGUGUCGUUCGCUAAAUGAAUACCCCGAAAGUGGUGUGGCUACAAAUUUUAUUUCUUCAUAUCUUUUCUCAAGAUGCUAACAAAUAAUUCAAUAUUUUUGAAACAACAAAAUUACAUACCAUGAAUAUAAUGAAUAUGUAAGUCAUUAUAUUCAUCUGUGCAAAUUGGUUGGUAACUUUUAAACGCUUUAUAUUAGUACAAUAAUUAGAUGUUUGGAAAAAAAUCCUUGAAAUGUAUUAAACAAAAAAUUAAGAUUUUUUCAAUAUCUAUGAAAAAUUGUUUACAAUUUUAAUCUUUUAAUUAUUUACUCAAUUUUAUUAGUAUGAAAUAUAAAUUGACCAAGUCGUAGACGAAUUAUUUUAUUAUAAUAUAUUCAUAUUCAGUAAAAUAAUAAUGAACGAAACACAUAUUGUUUAAAAAGGUGAAAGAUUAUUUUCUAGUCAAAUCCCAAAAUGAAAAUUUGAAAGCCAAAAUAAUAAUUUACAGCUCAUUUAAUGAAACUAUUUUAUCUAAACUUUUAAACAAGCUGCAAAAUUAGAGCCAUAAUUGUUAUUUUUCAGUCAUUUUAGACCACAAUGAUGAUUUUUGUUUAAAAAGGCGAAACAUUAUUUUCUAGUCAAAUCCCAAUAUGAACAUUUGAAAGCCAAAAUAAUAAUUUACAGCUCAUUUAAUGAAACUAUUUUAUCUAAAAUUUUAAACAGGCUGCAAAAUUAGAGCCAUAAUUGUUAUUUUUCAGUCAUUUUAGACCACAAUGGUGAUUUUUCUGUUGAGCUCAACUCAUGACAAAAAAUCCAAGUUUGCAAUAAUUUUUUUAUUAGCAUAAAUUUUGAACAAUCUGCUCUGUAUAUCCAAUAAUAGUAUUGGUUUUUGUGUAAUUUUCUUUUACCUUUUCAAGUGUCAAAUGAAGAUUUCGAUCCCUCUUAUUCUCAAUUCUUCCACUGUCUUCUUUUUCUCAGUUCCUUAAUUCAUAUGUUCAUAGCAUUUCAGCCGUAUGUUGCAAAUUUUAUUCUAGGUUCUUGUUUUGUUACUAUUCUAAUUUCUUUGAUUUAAUUCUUGUCACAUGUAGUUUUCCUUGCUAGUUUUCUCAUGGGUUUUAAUUCCUCUACGAUUCAUUUGCUUUCUAAGCUGUCCAUGUCAUUUCUUUAUAUUUUGAUUUUCUUGUAUGUUUUAUUUGUUCCAUUUCAGAUUGUUCUAUUUUUGUAGCCUUGUUUUGUUACUAUUCUAAUUUCUUUGAUUUAAUUCUAGUUUUCCCUGCUAUUCUUCUCAGGGGUUUUAAUUCCACUACUAUUCACUUGCUUUUUAAGCUGUCCAUGUCAUUUCUUUAUAUUUUGAUUUUCGUGUAUAAUGUUUUAUUUGUUCCAUUUCAGUUUGUUCUAUUUUUGUAGACUAUACUCAAUUUUUAUAUUCAAUUUGUGUAUCCAGAUGUUUUUAUACUCUUGACUUUCUUAUCCAUGUUUAUUAUAAGAAAUAAUAGGCUUAAACUGUCCCAUUGCUUUAUACUUUUGUACAUUAGAAAGUACUGUUAAAGUACUGUUUUUAUUCUUAUUCUAAUGACCUUGUCAAAGAUAAUUUCAAAUUGUAAACACCAGGAUUAACUCAAAAUGCAAUAAUUCGAAAUUAUAGUUUGCCGUUCCUCAAACAACUACUUUCCUGGACAAUCCGCGACGAAUAUUGGAUUAUAUCUCCUCCGAAGAAAGUAAUGUUUAUCAACCUUUCUGUCAGUUCGCUUUAGAAACUUAGUGGCUGUUACGCCACUCCGAAGAAACGUAAAAACGGCGAAACUAAUCAGCAGUUACAAUCCUCUCCUUGCUGUUGCGAGCCUUUAGUAUGUUGACAUCAACAAAAAAGUCGAUGAACAUCACUUCAAAAGGUGACAAAUAACAAAGGAAACAAAUUAAGUCACUUAUAAAGUAAAUAAUUUGAUAAUAAUAAACAAAUUCUUCAAAAAGAUCAAGAAAAUUUAGAUGUAAGAACAAAAAAGGGAGAAUGGAUCAUGGAUAAGUAUUGAUCACUACCUAGUCACAACAAAACUAAAAAUCAAGGCAAACUAGAAGCGGAACAUAAAAUAAAAAUUCAGAAAUCGAUAAAAAUUAAUAGAAAAUUAUAAACUACUACAGGAGACAACCACAAAGAAAUCCAAGGAUAUGAUGAGAAUGAAUGCAAGAAAUAACACUCUAGAAGAGGAAGCAGAAAUUAUGACGAAUAACUGAAAAUAUCAUCAUAAUGACAGCUGAAAGUAUAUGUGGUAAUACAAUCAUCGACAGAAACAGAAAACAAAAUGGUGGAUAGAAUAAAUUGAAAUUGAGAAGUAUUUGGAUAAAUUGAAAUUGAGAAGUAUUUGACAAUGGAAACUGUAGAAUAUCGAUGAAAAUGUAAAAAAGAAAGAACAUGUAAAUGAGCUAGAUAAAUAGUGCCAUGGGAGGAGUUUGGGCGGAAAAUGGAGGAAGCUUCAAAAGCAACACUAAAGCUAUUUUAUAAAACUAUAAAGAACCUAGAAAAAGAAAAACAAUGUGAAUAAAACAGUUGAAAUGGAUAGAAACCAAUAAGCUAACAUUGGAUACAUGCCUACAGUGACAAGAGAGAUAAAUUAGAGAUAUACAGGAAGCAUGAUCAAUAAACAAACGGAAAAGAUUUAGACCUAAGUAAAAACCUGGGAUCAAGAUAUAGCAGAAAUAUCGGAAAAUAGGUUUCGAUAUAUAACUUAUCAUUUUCAUUAGCUGAAGUAAAAUUGUUUACUUUCACAAUCUGAACUUGGUUAUUUAAACGUCCGCCAUGUUAUUGGAUUGUAAUGGAUAGUAAUUCAUACAAUUGAAAAAAAAGACAUAUUUUUCUACGGCCAUAUAUGAAAUAUCAACUUCAUCUUUCAACGGGUAAAAAUAAAAUUAUUAUUAUCACUUUUUUCUGUUAAUUGAAAUUGCAAUUAUUGUAGUAUUUGUUUCUUUCAUCCAAAUAUUUGUAACAUUCUUGCAAAUGUUGAAAACAGUGAAUUAGUCGAGGCUUCCAAGGGAAACUAGAGAAUUUCACCAAUUUAUAUCAAAAAUCAUAAUUAACACAAUAACACCAAGACUUAUUUUGAGUCUUUUAUGUACUUCUCUCGUUUGUAACAUAAGCUAAAUAAAAGUUUUGGUUUCGCCUAAUUAUUAUUUUAAGGAAUAUGUUUUUUAAAAAUUGUACAUUCUUCAUGUCUGUUGCUGUUUUAAAUUGCUCUAUUGAUUGUUGAACACUGCCUAUUAUAUAUUUUGUUAUUGAAUGAACCUUAUUGCAGUAUUUUUUAUUACAUAUCGAUUUUCACAUGUAAGAUAUUUUAAUCAAUUUUUGUUGGAAUUAUUUACGUUACAGUUUCACCAAGAUUGAUUUAUUCUGUAAAGUCGCGUUAAUCGAAAUAACAUGAGGUACUUUAACUUUCCAUAUAUUAGAAAUAAAUUAUUUACCAAAUACAGUUACUUUAGUUACAUUUCUGAAAGUGAUGAUGAACAACAAUUUUUUUCUUCUACUCAUUGAAAUUACAAGUGGUGCUUGAAAUUAAUAAUAAUGAAAACAUUUUCAUUUUUCACACUGUCUAUUCAAUAUAAAGUACAUUAGAUUAUUUUGUUUAUUUUCCAAAUAUAUUUAAUAUGUGAUUUAUAUUGAUUUAUAUAUUCGACUUUUUCACUUAAUAGUAUUUUAGUAAUUGGUAGAUUUCAAGGAAAGUUAAAUGUCAUAACUGGAACUAGUGAAACCAUAAAUAAAUAAGAAUUCAACUUCUUCUCUCAUGAACAGCGUGCGUAUUAAUUUGUGAGAGUGUUAAAAAAUAACCAAAAUCAUCAAAUUUAAAUAUUUUUACAAAUUAAGAACUAUAUUUUUGUAGAUUAAGGACUUACGAAAAGUUUCAAUUCACAAAAUAGAUUAUUUUUAUUAAAAAUCUCUUCAUGCCCUGAAAAUCAAUAAUCAAUUAUGCAAAAUAGAAAAAUCAAACCUAACACUAACUGUUUACUAUAACCACUACACCAAAACUCACAAUUACACUGUCUGACAGGCUUUUACUUUCGGUUUAGUAGUGUGUUUCGUAUUAAUUCACAAAUGCUUUCAAAAAUUUGAUAGUGGAUUCAAACAUAUAAACUCACCUCACAGUUUUCACUCUUCGUACAAAACCCAAUUGAUGUGCUUCCUCCAUUUUCCAGUAGUAACUGUUUAAAUGACUUCUUACACCAUUAAAAAUUAUGCUUCUACAUUUGCGUCCCAAUUGAUUCUAUAGGAUUUAAUUAACAAUCAUCAUCAAUAGCUUGACAGGUCAGGUUGGAUCAACGCUUUUCUCCUAGUGACAUCAGUUUCCCUGUGCUUAACCUUUCCACUGCAAAAUUCCUUUCAACACUUGCUAUCCACCUUGACUUUUAUCGUCCUCUUCCUCGCUCUUUUAGAGAUUUUGACAUAAAGACCUUUUUUACUCGUUUCUUCGCUCAAUAUUUGCCACCCAGUUUAAUGUGUCAAUUUUAAUAAACUUCAUGACGUCAAGAUCUUUGUAACAUUUAUAUAUUUCAAAAUUGUAUCGUUGUCUCCAACAAUUAUUUACAUUGGAUACCUUCUAGAGUAGAAUAUUUCGCUUAAAGUACGAAGAUAGGCUACAUCAGAUUUCGUUAGUAUCCAGUUCUCAGUGUAGGCAGACAAGAGGGUAAACCCUAUUACACCCGAGUAGUUCGAGUGGUGCCUGCCGUGUGGAGGUGCAAGUGAAUAUUGAUCUUAAACUGUAGGUUGUAGUGUUCGGGAACGUCGUGCCGUGGUAACUGAUUCCACAGGUUUGAAGGGACCAAAUCCUGAGCCGUAGGGCAAACCUUUUUUGUAAAAACAGCAGUCUGGAUCUUUCCUGCAUUAGAGCUAUCCCACAAAAGAAGGUUUCAAGGUCAGUAUUGAUGGUAGAGAUUCGUUGCUGCCUACGGAUUUGGAUGUUAGCCGAGUUAAUUGCUAGCUAUAAAUCGAGUUUGCAUUUUUGUCGAGUAUAUUGUUGAUGUGAAGGAAAAAGAGUGUAAGUGACCAGAUGCAUACCUGAGUAUUGUUGGAUUUGUAAACUAAUUUCAAAUCUACUCUAAUAACAAUAUUUUUAAUGCUUUUAUUUUAUUGAACGAUACUUGGUUUUUGUCCUCUUUUAAAUUUUUAUUUUGGAAAAUUGUGAUCUCACAAACAGAUUCAACCUGUGACGAUUGAUUAACUUUCUACUAUCUUCCUUUCAUAACCGUUAAGGUUAUAGCUAUAGCUAUAUCCUUAAUUAAAUUAUUUUCCAUAUUGUAUAUCUGAAUGUUAAUUUAGAAAUUAAUGAGGAAAUGGAAACUGAUCAGUUAAUGCUAGAUACAAUGAAAAGAAUCAGCCGCGAUAUACUUGCAAGUAGCAUUCUUGAUACCUACAAAAGGAAUAUUUUGGUCGGAUAUUUCUAAACUAUUAAAGAGAACAUAAAGCUCAUAUUAUUGAUUCCAAUUAUGUGCAAAUCGGAAACGUAAAAUUGAGAUAUGUCAUAUGUUAUUUUCGACGGGAGAUUCUCGUGAAUUUAUGGUUCGACUAUCAUCAAAAUCCGACAAAAGAUAGAAUAAAUAAUCUAUUAAUUUAAUAAGUAAGUCUUGGUGAGACGAUGUAUACAGGGUGAUUAUGAAAUUAUUUUUAAUUUAUGACAUUUUAUUUAUAUUAAGAUUCCAUAAAAAUUUACAUGUUACCUGUAACCCAAAAUAUGUUUGAAUUAGUAAAGAAUACCUCUGACAUAAAAUAUCUUAUGUAUUUGAAUUAAUUUUAAUAAUAGCAUUUUUAUUAAUAAUUUAAUUUUCUUAAUUGCAAAUGUGAUUCCUUGUAUAUGGCAAAUCUUGUUUAUGGGUGUGUGCUUCAUUAUUCGUUUCAUCAAAAUGAUGAUAUAUGCCCCUAUUUAUGAAAGUCAUAUAUUUCUUGUUUCAAGAUAUUCAAUGAAUAUACAAUUAAUUAUUAUUGAAUAAAUUAAAAAAUGUUUAUCCACACAAAAAUAUCUUUGUCUGUUUUUGUAAAGCUUGAAUUGACUUAGAUUAAUUCAUGCACAUUUAUCAAUUAUUUUUAAAAAGUAAUCCAUUUUUAUGAUUUCGCGUUAUUAAGAUUUUUAAAAUGUUCCUGAAAAUUGGAGAGAUGUAUGAUAGUAAAGACAUAAUGUCUUCAUGAUUUUCUUCCGUUAAUGGUUUAGUGGUGGUGUACAAUGGAAAGAAUUUAAUAUUUCCAUACAUGUUUAGUCUUCCUCUCUUACGUGAAAGAUCCAAAAAGUAGAAUUUGGAAUCAUCUAAAGAAAUAUAGAACAUUUUAUAAGGUUCAUUGUUCAAGAAUCUCAUUCAUUGAAUUUGCAGCCAAGAGACAGAUUCGCCUUUUGUUGAAAUAAAAUCCGGCUACGACAUUCGUAUUAUCCAAAAUGAAUUUCUUCUUCUACACUUUAAUAUCAAUUCGUAAUAAUGCUCAGGGUUGUAUAAGUAACAUGGUUUUCUCAAAAAUUGAACUAAUUGAAAGUUCAUCAUCCAUCAUUUUUAAUAUUAGCAAGCAAAUUUCAUCCGAGUUCAACCGAAACAUCCGAAAAAUCAAAUAAAUUUGAAUUCGUCCGAUGCCACAAAUUAAGUUCGACUGAAAGCUACUAUGAUCGAGGCCUAACGAGUACGUAGGAUUAACAAAGGAGAAUUGUUUUGAAAUAUUUUAUGCAAAAUGGAGAAAUUCCCUAUAAUAAAAAAUAUUACACAUAUCUAAAGUUAGACUCUGAUGAAAAUUUCAUAUCGUGAAUAACUCAUAAUUUUGUCUUCGAAGUAGUUUAUUUUUUUUUUCAGAAAAAUCUAUAUGUCCGAUGGCGUGCUGCUUACGAUAGAAGUAUAUAUUAAAAUCACUCUGUAUAUUUCCGGUUUUGAGACUAAAAUGGAAAAAUCUUUCACCACACUGUGUUAAAUUAGCGUUUACCUAAAAAUAUUUUGGUGCUAAAAACAUAAUUGUUAGCUUUAUAUAUUAUACAUAAAUUUUGAAAUAUUGCCAAGAUUUCUUGGACGGAAUGAAUAUGUGAUUGUAAUAUAAUAAGGAAGGUAGUUUCGUAGAUGAGAAAUUUUGGGAACGUUUCAGCUUUUGAUAGAUGUUAAUUGUUAAUUUUUAAUUUAUAGUUGUAUUAAACACUCAUAACUUAAUGUAAUCAAGUACAAACCAUAGAAAUUUUGAAAACCAUCUACUAUUUCCCAUUUAUAACUUACGAUUUUGGAAGUAGUUGAAUGUCCGAUAUUAAUCAGAAUGCAAGGUCGUAAAAAUGAAAAGAAAUUUUCGGAGUCUAUCAAAACUCUGGAAAUGUCCUGAAAAACUGAUACUACGAAUUAUAUAAAAUUAUAAAUAAAUUUAAUUUCGAAUUAGGUAUGUAAAUUCAGUGUUAUCAGAUUUUUAUCGUAUUUAAUAGUACCUGAGGGUUUUCGUUAGAUACAUGGUAUUACAUUUAAGCUCAACUUUAAUGCAAGUUUAGCUAAAUAUAAAACUUGAGAUUCCAUGUUUUCAGGAAGGUCUUAGGGUCCAACCAUAAUGCACGAUGUUAAUUUUAAAUAGAACAGGUUUUCAAAGAAUGAUAUAUUUUAUUACCUAUGAUAGAAGAUUCUAUUACAAUUAUUUGUGGAACAACAAAUCGUCGCGGAAUCGCUAGCGUAACUCUAUUUGAUAAUUCAUAUUUUCAAGUUCAACGGUGUCAUAUCACAUUAUCGUGGCGACUACAAUGUUAGAUAAUACUGCCAUUUAAUUUCCCACUCAAAAGAGCCAUUAUUUCGUUGGCAGUGUGGCACUGUCCUAUCUCCAGCUCCUUAUCCUCCAUUACUGGUCUUUAAGUCCAUUGUUAUUUCACGAUAACUUCUUGACCGACCCCAUUUUCGAAGAACUAAAGCCGCCAAUCUAUUAACCGCACACAAACAAUUACUCGUUGAUUGUCAUUUGCUCAAUUACGAUAUUUCUUCUUAUCAACGAUUCCGUUAAGGUGAAAGUGGAACUCAUCGCUAUGAUUUUCACUUCUGUAUAUUCAAUCAAUCAUUAUUAACGAUGCUUGAAACAGUCGCUAGGCUUCAGCUCUUGAUCAAUUGAGUACGACGGCGAGUCAAGGUUAAUGACUUCUACACUAUCGCAACAACAAUAAUGUUAUCUACAGAAUGAACUGGGCAAGCAUGCACAGACGUUUUCACAUCUCCUGCAUUCCAGAUUUGCUGAAAUUACGAUUCUGAACCUAUAAGAAUAAUGCUGAUCAAAAAAUUCACGAAAUGCGUUUUUAUUUAAACGUACAUUCUCAUUGAGGUCUUCAAAAAUAUUGGCGCUCUGCUAAAUUUCUGACGUUAUGGAUAAAUACGACAAAGAUUGAAAUGAUGAAGUGUCCAAUAAAGCUAGCAAAAACUUGACCUUAAGCUGUGAUUAUUAUCGUGCGUGAAAUCCGUGAAAAUAUAAAUUGAUAAUCAAAUAAUUGAAUUUUAUAAAUGAAAUUGUACCUGUCCUGUGUGGAACCAAUUUUAACUAGAAUUAUUUUCAGUCAUCAUAACCAUCAAACAACCAGUCGGGACCACUGUUGGACAUGGGACUUCCUUAAUCUUUACUACGGGCCCUAGCAACUAUCAUCCAACUGGGAACCAUCCUCUUAAUAUCGUCAGACCAGCGUACCACUGUGCAUCUUCCAUUCAAUAAUUCUUUUGCGCCACCAAUUGUGUUCUUCUGGCAACAUGACCCGCCCAGCUCCAUUUCAAGUCAGUUAGUCCGUUAAACCUAGCAUUCUUCACUGUAUUUCAUUGAUUUUAUUUAUGGUAGCUUUUGUCAAGGUUAGAGUUUCAGCAGGGUUAUUAGCAGUAGAAUGCAUUGUUCGAACAUAUUUCUCUUCAAACAAACAGGGAUUUCGGAUAUGAAGACAUGAUAGAGAUAACCAAAGGCGGCUCAUGUUAAAUCUAUCCUUCUGCAUAUUCUACAGGUCUAGUUGCUUAUGCCAAUGCGGAUAUCGUGUCUCAGGAAUUUCCCUUGUUUAAUACUACCCACAAUCUAUAAAUAGGGUUUUACUUAAUAUUAUGUAUUAUUUUUUCGAUUUAUUUAUGUUCAAUCCUAUUUUCUAGGCUCUAUUUAAACCCUGAGAAAACAUCGUCGACACUUUAUUAAAGUCGUUGAUGUUUUUAUGAAGUCUCAAACAUUCUUUUGUCGUAUCGUUGUUUUAUGAUUGCUAUAUAUCUAUAGUCUAUUCUGUAGUAUGUCAAUAAUUUAUGUUAGUUUACUGUGUGUCAUAUUUGACGUUUUUGAUUACUUGCAAAUGAUCGUUGCACCCUAAACCUAUUUUGUUCUCGGGGAUGAGAAAGAUCCAUUUUAGACCUUAACCGUUUAUCACUAUUAUUCCUUGGUGCCAUAAGUGCCUCCGCACUUUAUAGCCUCGACAAUCACGCCGUCAUCGCCAGUUGACUUGUUGUUUUCCAUAUUACUAAUUUCAAUGUUUAUUAUUUAUAUAGUAACAUCUGACAGAUACUCUAAGCUCUGAGUUUGAAUCACUAGAAAUGGUUCUACCGGCUCUUACCUCUUGCCGUUAGAAUUAUUUUUAUAUAGUGUAAUAUAAAACUCUCGCACUAUGGUGAGGGUUUAUCUUUUGUUUCCUGUAUUCUGUCCAUUUCCUUGUCUCAAUUUAGAGACGUUUUUAGUGCAUUCAGCUUCCUCAUCACUUGUGCUCCCCUAUUUGUAAAUCUAUGAAAUUAUUUUUUUAGUUUAUAAGCUAAUUAGGAAGCUUUGCUAGUGUUCUUACGACAUUAUGGGGCGUUAUAUGCGUGCUUCCAGUCUUGCCAUAUUCCACGCUUCGUUGCGAGUCUCAUCACUCAAUUUCUACACCUCAAGACAGAUGAUUCUAAAAAUUCGGACAGAAUUGUGUUUGUUCAUAAGACCUUCCUGACUAUACAAUAUCUCAAAACAUCAAUAAAUUUUAAAUCUGAAGAUCAAGUUAACUAGGCUCUUCCAUAAGUUUGUGAAAAUCACAACAGAUGUCUCCUUAGUAUUAUUUCAGGAAACUCUCCCAGAAACUUCUGAUGAGACAGCUUUUUUGUUUUUGAGUGAGUGCAGCUUCUAAAUUGCAUCUUCUUUUUUGCGAUUCUUGUACUUUGAUGUAACUCCGGUAAUAAUUAAUCUACCUCAUUUUGCAACAUUUCAUGCUGUACAAUCAGCUAGUCAUAGUUUUUAAGAAAAAAAUAAAUUUUUUAUAUGAUGUAAUAUAAAAUUGACUAUAUUUUACCAACAGUUAUGUAUAUAAAAAUAUUUAAGUAUUUCAAAGACAUUAUGUACAGACUAUAUUUUUAUACAAAUUAUAGUAUUAUUUAUA